AUGCUGCGGUGGCCCUGGAGGACGCCUAAGAGCAGCAAGAGCAGCAAAGGCAGCAGCAGCAGCAGCAGCAGCAGCAGUAGUAGUGCAGCAACUGGUCAACAGCGGGAUAGGGCCAAGCAGCGCAGCAGCAGCAGCAGCAACAGCUGCAGCAGCAGCAGCAUAAUAUCUUGGAGUAGCGCAUGCAACAAAAUCCCUUUGCUGCUGUCUUCUCCCAGGGCUAGGCUGCUGCUUGCUGCGAUCUUAGCAGCAGCAGCAGCUGCUGCUGCAGCAACAGCAGCACUGAAGAGAAAACGGUCUGCUGCUGCUGCUCCGUCUGCUGCUGCUGCACGCACUGCUGCUGCUGCUGCUCCCCCUGCUGCAGCAGCAAAGAAACAGACGCAUGCACGCCUUAUUGCGCAACAUCAACAGCAAUCGCGGCGGCGGCUGCAGCAGCAGCAACAACAGCAGCACUGGCAGCAGCAGAGGCGGCAGCAACAACAGCAGCAACAACAGCAGCAACAUCAGCAACAAGGACAGCAACAGCAACAGCAGCAGCAGCAGCAGCAGGUUGAUGGGGAAGACACACAGCCUCUCUCCUUUGCUGCUGCAGACUUUGUGUCUCCUGUACAACUCGAGGUUGCAGUCUCUCCUGCAGCACAGAAGCAGCUAGCAGCAAUUGCUGCUGUCGCGUUGGAUGAGCAGCAAAAGAUUGCUCAAGCAGCAGCAAAUGGAGCAGCAGCAGCAGCAACAGCAGCAACUGCAGCAACUGCAGCAGCUGGUGCACUUGUUGGGACCCUUUACGGUAGACGCGUGGAGCAGCAGCAGCAGGAGCAACAGCAGCAACAGCAGCAGCAUAGCUGCAGCAGUGCCAGGGUGUUGCGAAACGCCCGCAGCAUCAGCAGCAGCAGCAACAGCAGCAGAAUCAGCAACAGCAGCAACAGCAGCAACAGCAGCAACAGCAGCAACAGCAGCAAGACGGUUGUUAUUGUGGAUGCUGUAUUGCUGCUGCCAACGGAAGCAACUGCACGUGCACGGGUCUCUGCAGCAGCAGAUCGUUUGGCGCAGCUGUUGGGUCUGCAGCGCGUUGGCUGUGUGAGCUUUGGGCUGCUGCAGCAGCAGCAGCAGCAACAGCAGCAACAGCAACAGCAACAGCAGCAGCGCAGCAGCAGCAUGCUAAGGACAUCGAGGACGUUUGCUGCUGGUACUGCGUCUAAUGGAGAACAGCAGCAGAUUGGCGAUUUUCCUGUAGAAGCAUCUGAGGCAUUAAGGCUUUUAAUGCAGCAGCAGCAGCAGCAGCAGCAGCAGCAGCAGCAGCAGCAACAGCAGCAACAGCAGCCGCAGCAGCAGCAGCAGCAGCAGGUUUGUUUGUUUGUGAAUGUAACGAAUGGUAACAAUCUUGAGGUAGCAGCUUGGGCACCAUCAGCACCAGGUCAGGUGCUGCUGCAGCGGGGACUGGUGCAGCAGCAGCAGCAGCAACCAUUGCAGCAGCAACAGCAGCAGCAGCAUCAACAGCAGCAGCUUCUGCAGCACGAGCAGCAGCAGGAGCGGAAUCGGAUGCCAUCCGAUACAUGCCCCGAGGCAGACAGCAGCAGCAGCUUUAGCAGGCGUUGCAGCAGCAGCAGCAGCAGCAGCAGCAGCAGCAGCAGCAGCAACAGCAGCAGGCCAAAGCAUACGGCAGCGAGGGUUAGGAUGCACUUUGCUAAAAGGCAGCAAAUGCAGCGCGAAAGGCAGCAGCAGCAGCAGCAAUGGUUAGAAGCUGCAGCAGCAGAUGACGACGGAGAGCAACAAGCAGCAACAGCAACAAAAACAGCAACAGCAACUGCAGCAGCACCAGCAACUGCAACAGCAGCAGCAACAGCAGCAGCAGCAGGUGAGGUACCUAUUAAGCAAGAAAUAAUUGUUGGUGGGCAGCGCAUGCAUUCGCUGCCCUUAGAAGCCCUUGUGUGUCUAGUUCCUAUUAGGCAGACGCAGGAGCAGCAGCAGCAGCAGCAGCAACAGCAGCAACAGCAGCAGCAGCAGGAGAUGCCUUUGUUCAGAGUCAUUAAUGAGCAGCAGCCGCCAGCAGCAGCAGCAGCAAUGCUGCCGUCAUCGCAGCGUCUCAAUACCCGCUGGCUGCUGCACAGGGCAGCAGCAGCAGCAGCAAGGGACUACCAGGACCCCUCUUCCGCCUGCUGCAGCAAAUUGCUAUCGCGUCGACGCUGUAGCUCAGUGCAGAGCAGCACCAGCACCAGCAGCAGCAGCAACAGCAGCAGCAGCAGCAGCAACAGCAGCAGCAACGGCAGCAGCAGCAGCAGCGACAGCAAAACUAAAAACUACCACCUUGUCAACCUUAUUCACUAUGGCGAAGAAGGUAAGAACAGCAGCAAGGCUAUCUACAGCAGCAGCAGCAGCAGCAGCAACAGCAGCGGCGACGCCGUGCUGUCUUUGCAGCUCUCAUCUAUUCUGGUACAGCAGCACACCCUGCUGCUGCAGCUGUUGCUACAGCUACAGCUACAGCAGCAGCAGCAGCAGCAGCAGCAGCAGCACGUCAUAGGAAAGGACUACUGCCUUGUAGUACUUAGUUCGGUUGUAUACUGCAGCAUCUGCAGCAUGCGCAAAAGACCCCACAGGAAGCGUCCUGCUGCUGCUGCUGCUGCUGUUGCAGCAGCAGCAGCAGCGUAA